AUGAAAUCACGUAGUCAGAACGUCUCGGAGGAUCUUCUAACCAUAUCUCGACCCAAUACGCGAUCGAUAACCUUAAGUAAUGGAAGAGGAAACUCAUUGCCGAUCUCAAUCGAUCUCGUUAUCGAGAUAUUCUUGAGGUUACCUGUAAAAUCUAUAGCAACAUGUCGUUGCGUAUCAAAGCUCUGGGCCGCCGUACCUAGCCGUCAAGAUUUCACGGAGUUGUUCUUGACAAGAUCUUCCAAUCGCCCGCAAAUCUUGUAUGCGUGUGAAGACAAAAAGAGAUUCGUCUUCUUCUCUUCACGUGAGCCUCGCAAUACUGUUGAGAUGUCGUCUGUAGCUCCCAAUCAUCUUACGCAUUUCCCUAGUUCUAGUGAAAUCUUUGGUCCUAGCAACGGCUUCGUCAUUCUUAAUGGUUUGCGGACAUUAAAGGGGAAGAAAAAUAAAGGACUGUUGGUGUCGGUGCUAUUUAACCCUAGCACGGCACAAUAUAUAACUUUACCUAAAAUGAAGAGGAAUACUAUGAUUGGGCUGCAAGGCUAUGAAUGUGAUGGCAUACAAUUCAAGCUGAUGAAUUAUUUGGGGUAUGAUCCGAUUGAAAAACAACUCAAGGUGUUGUCCAUGACCUUGCCAUAUGGAAUACAUGAUGAGAACUUUUUGGAGUAUCAAGUUCUAACGCUAGGAGCUAGGAAACCUUUAUGGAGAAUUAUCAAGUGUUGCGUACCCCAUUUCUCUGGUUGUAAAGGGAUAUGCAUUGAUGGUAAUUUGUACUAUGUAGCUAGGAUCAACAGGUCUUUCGAGGUUUAUAUGAUCGCUUGUUUUGAUUUUAGGUAUGAGAAGUUCAGUUUUAUGAAAGUCAUGGAAACUUUCAAUAGAGACCUGCCUUUUACAACAACUCUGAUCAACUAUAAUGGUAAAUUGGGUUCGCUUAUUUCAGAUGAGUCCAACAGUCACUAUGUUAGUAGAAAUAGUACAUGUUUUGAGUUGUGGGUUCUAGAUGACGCUGGAAAACGUGAAUGGACGAAGCAUGUUUACGUGUUACCUCCUCUGUGGAAGAAUCUAGUUGGCGAGGACAAGUUACACUUUGUUGGAAUGAUUGGCACGAAUGAAAUUGUGUUGUCACCGAAUCACCAAUAUGUGCCUUCCUAUGUUUUCUACUACAACAUCGAGAGAAACACGACCAUAAGAGUUAAAAUCAAAGGAAUGGAAGCGUUUGAAGGUAACAGAUUUCGCACAUUUCUCAACCAUGUGGAGAACGUGAAACUUAUUCAACCUUUUUAG